GAGUGUCGUCCAAUAACAAUUUGCUUUGUCUCUCCGUGUUAGUCUCUCUCUCACACACACACAAACACACAGAUGAGCCUGAGAAAGAGGUUGCGCUCCGUAUUAAUCUCUUGUCUCAUAUAUCUUUUCUUCUUCUUGUUGGUCUUCUCUCUCUAGCAUACCAUCCAUGGGAGAGCAUGCAAGACCAAAUCCCAAUGAUUUGAUUCGCUUUCUAGGAAUUGCAAACGUCUGCAGGGCAUGCAAAUCCUUCCUCUCCAAAUGCUACCCAGAGAAGCAACCCUUUUUUUUGAAGAAGCCAGCAAACAAACCCAAACCCAAGCCAAUCGAAGAUACCAAGAUCAGCAGAUCAAAGACCAAGAAACAUAAUGCUGGGAGAGAAGUUGAUGACAGACAAGGGAGUGAUUACGACGACACCCAAGCAACAAGAUCGCCCCACCGGGGCUCUGGCUCGUCCCGGCUGUCGAGGAAUCUGAGCUACCACGGCCGGAGCGGAGCAGCUACAGGGCCCCUUUCAAGGAGCCUGAGCCAUAAAGAAUCAACGAGGGGUGCUGCUGUUGGAGGCUUGACACACACGUUUUCGAGAAGCACGAGCAGGGGGAUCGCGGCCCCCAUCAUUUUCUCCAACUCGAGUGGGCUGAUCAAGCCGGCCGCAAUGGAGAAGCAGCUCGAGUGCACCCUCGAGGAGCUCUGCUUCGGUUGCAUCAAGAAGGUCGCCAUCAAAAGAGACGCCGUCAAAGGCAACGGGCAAAUAGUGGAGGAAGAUGAAAUUGUGACGAUCAAAGUGGAGCCGGGAUGGAGGAGAGGCACGAAGAUCACAUUCGAGGGGAAGGGGAAUCAGAUGCCCGGUACAGAAGCCGCGGAUGUAGUAUUCGUGAUAGCAGAGAAAGAACACUCCUUGUUCAAGAGGCAAGAGGAUGAUCUGCAACUGGGAGUUGAGAUCAUGUUGGUGGAUGCUCUAACGGGGUGCGCGCUUCUCCUCCCGUUGCUGGGAGGCGAGACGACCAGCCUCAGAAUAGAGGACGUCGUGCACCCCGGCUACGUGAAGACCAUACAAGGACAAGGCAUGCCAAAGCAACACGAGCCCGGGACAAGAGGGGACUUGAUCGUCAACAUCUCUGCCAAGUUCCCGGAGACGUUGACACAAGAGCAGCGAUCUACUGCUGCUACUAUUUUGCAGCAGACUUGUUAAUUAAUCUACCGUUUCUUCCCCUCUUGAUCUUUUUCUUUACAGAUGCAGAGGUGACUACUAAGAUUUGUACAAAACUAAAGCUGAUCUAUCAUAAGCUGACUUCUAUA